GAGCCACAUAGUUCAGUCUUCGAGACUAGGGAUGAGCGAGCGCCGUGCGUAAUACCACAUCUCCAAAAUCAGCGCAGCCGCUACGAGAGUGAGAAGCGAGGGGACAGAAAUCCACAUGGCACAAUGAGCAGCUGUAGAAUUAUUCCAUCUGUUUAAAUGGAAAAGGCUUGACAAACGUGUCAUUCUACUGCAACUUUUUGGCGAAGUCCGAGUUAACUUUAACGCGCUGCUUACAUGUUCCACUUUGAAGUGUUUGCACUGGGAAUACGCGUCAUCUCUGUGGCAAAUUAAAAAUAGCCCAAAGAAUUUGUUUUCAUUUGGGGCAAUUGACGGAAACGCUAACCGCUGCAAGUCAUGGAUGCUUACUUGGCGCUAAUAUUUGCAACGUGCCUCGGCGGAGUAUGGAGUUGUCAGCUUCCCCACGACUGGAGACCUCAAACCGAAGCGUGCAGAGCGGAGCUCGCCGAGAUCAUUGUCUUCGCAAAGGUCCUCGCCAUCCACAAGGACUCGUACAGCCUUUACAACUAUUUACCAUGGCAGUAUGACACGGAUCUCUUCUUCUCUGCUGAAAUCGAGUUACUUUGUGAUCAAGCGUGGGGGAGCAUGCUGGAGGUCCCGGCUGGUUCCAGGUUCAAUGUCACUGGACUUGGUUACUUCCCCUGCUACUCUUACAGUGUCAUCGAAAACAACUCCUAUUACUUUUUUCUAAGGAUGGAUGAGAACUACAGCAUCAUCCCCCACGGCGUCAACUUCCAGGACCCCAUUUUUCCGGACACGGCUGAGAACCACCGCAUGUUCGCCAGCCUCUUCCAGUUUGCCAACUGCACCGUCGGCACCCAGGUGCACCAGUACACACCUGAGUGGGAGGCCCAGGAGGACAGCAGGCUCCUCUGCUCCACGGUCCAGAAGGCGCUCUUCGAGGAGGAGGAGCGGGUCAAGACGCUCUCGCAGAAGGUUAAGGUCCUGGAGAAGGCCAACAACCAUCUGAGGGACAAGGUGAAGAACAUGAAACGCCUCCUGCGGCAGGCCAAGCGCGAGACCAAGGACCAGACGCUCCUGAUCAAACAGCUGCACGAGGAGUCUCCGCACCCGCAGCAGGAGACCAACCAGGACCAGAAGCCCUCUCUCAAGAUGAUCCCCAAGAAGAUGAAGAGCUAAGCAGCUGCCCCUGCGCCACGGCACACCCCUCAGCACUGGGCUUUCCCGUCUGUACAUACACAACAUAGGAGUCAGCAAACCAGUCAUAGGAUGAACAUGCUGAUUAGCAAAAGUGAUGAGUAGUGUUUUUAAAAAAGUCCUCAGAUUUCACUGAUAAACAGAAUUCUAUAAGGAUGCAUAAUACAAUCCAUCGGAAACCACACAGGUUACAGUGCAGUACUACCCAGUGAGCCUCACAAGUUAUUUUAGGAAAUUCCACACUGUGUGUAGUUGCAGCAGUACAUAGACAUAAACAUACAGAUACAUAAACAUAAAAUAUGUACAGUACAUAACAUUUGUACAGUUCACAGUGCAGUACAUUUUACGAGCACUAACCCUACUGCAUAUCUUCACAAUAUGAAGCACAUAAGCUACACUAUGAAAAUCCAUGAUCUGACCAAUCUCACCGCACAGACACAAUGUUAAUGUCUUUGUGAAACGCAGGAGACGUAAAGCGAGGGUGACUGCUCAGAUUACGUGUUUCUUGAUCUCAGUUCAAAAUGAGUCUCAAGCUCGCGCUUCACCAGAGAUACACACUGGUAACCUAAUUCCUUUUCUAUUAUAUAAGAAAGAGCAUGCUGGGAACCUGGUCGAGAUCCAGGCCCUGAUUUUACCUCACCCAACCCCCUGCGGUUAGGAGCGGCCUAUCAGGCCUUCUGGCCAGGCCCUGGUGCCCACCCUCCUGGGUUGGCUGUAAUGAGCUGGACUUGUUGGCCCUGUGUUGACAGGCCAUUGCUUCCGCACAUUGCAUCAGUGCUUCCGAGGGCCCUGAUCUGGCAUACCUGCUCCUGUUGACAUGGUUUCCCAGCAUGCAUCUGGUGCUUUUACCCAGCCAGGUGCCAUUCUGGACACAGCAGGUGACAUUCCCGUAAACUUGUGGGUUUGCAGGGUACCAUGUAAUGCCUUAGUUUCUGUUGCACAAAAUGCACAUGCUAUGCCAAGACAGUAGCAUUUCUUAACAUUUAAAUGUUCAGAGAUUGAAUUGGUCUUUUUUAAUUUAGACCGUGUGCCAAAAAAUAUAUGAAACGGCAGUUCAAACCAAGACAAAUAUUGAUUCCAAUUCAAAGAGGUCAUCCACGGCUUUAGUUUUCAUUAGUUAUGUGAAGGGAGAAAUCUCCCUGGUUGGCCUGCAUUUAUAUUGGGUAUUUCAUUUACAGCAUAGUACUUACUGGAUUCUAUUUACUGAGAGUUACUUUUUUUGAAAUAAGCUCCCAACAUGCAUUAUCUGAUUCCAAAAUUGUGUGGGCUGGUGUUUUUUGUCAUACUUUACUGAGUUAAAAUUGUGUUUAUUUGAGAAUAGGGUGCUGAGCACUCACAAAAUGCAACCACUAUUCAAUGAGGCGUGUUAUGCUAUUCCAACAUGUUCCAAAAUUGAGGCCAUUUCUCCUCUCAAUAGAAUGUAUUGCAUUUGGCUUUUAUAUGUAAAGCAUCACACAUACAGUAUGUUUUUGUAUCCUCAUAUAUAGUCUUAUGUAUGGUAAUACCGUUUUGAAUAAAUGACUUUGUAACUA